AUGUCUACUGCUGAAACGUCCCCGGCUCGACCUCGAAAAUGGUACCAUUGGUAUGCGGAAACCGACACACCGGAGGAGAGGAAGUUGAUCUUCAAACUGGAUAUGCUCAUCGUCCCUUAUGCCAUUCUGGUAUAUUGGGUUAAGUAUAUGGACCAAACCAAUAUUAAUAAUGCAUACGUUGCUGGACUGAAGGAGGAGCUGGGAUUUGCUGGUAACCAGCUUGUUCAUCUCCAGACUAUCUAUGUCGUCGGUGCUGUUAUAGGGCAGCUCCCGUUCGGUUUCAUCUUCCCAUAUGUCCCCAUGAGCUGGCUACUGCCCGCACUUGAUAUUGGCUGGGGUGUUUUCAAUCUUGCCCAGUUUAAAGCGCGCGGCUAUUCAGACCUGAUGGCAUUCAGGUUCAUGAUUGGAUUUUUUGAGUCUGCAUUUUUUCCCGGCGUGCAUUACGUCCUCGGCUCCUGGUAUAGAGGCGAUGAAGUGGGCAGGCGAGGUGGAUUGUUUUAUAUCGGGCUUACACUAGGAACCCUGACUUCAGGUCUGAUUCAAAGCGGUGCGAGCAGUCAGCUUGACGGCAAGGGCGGUAUGGAGGGCUGGAGGUGGAUGUUUGUCAUUACGUCUGUCAUCACGCUCGUUGUGGGGGUAUUCGGAAUCGUGACAUGGCCAGGCACGCCUGACCGAUGCACUUCUCUUUUCCUCUCCGCCGAGGAGAUUCAGCUCAGCAAGGAUCGGCUGAGUCGACACGGUCAUCAAAUCCCGAGCACCCGCUUUACGUGGAAGACGCUCAUAAACAUCUUCACAAGAUGGAGAUUCUGGGUAUUGACGUUCUGGGACAUUCUUUUCUGGAAUGCCUGCAAUAACACGAGCACUGGUGGAUUCCUGUUGUUCUUAAAGUCCCUGGGCCGGUAUUCGGAUUCCAAGGUCAAUGCUCUUGGUUCCAUCCCCCCCGCUUUGGGCGUCAUUUAUAUUAUUUUAAUCUGCUUCGGCGCAGAUCUGUUUCGCAACCGCGCGGGUGCUAUUACCGUGUCUCACCUAUGGAACGCUAUAGGUUUGAUAAUUCUGACAGUCUGGAAUGUGCCCGAAUCUGCCAAAUGGUUCGCAUUCAUGACAACCUACAGCUCGGUGGCGAUGAGCAGUGUCUUAUAUGGAUGGGCCAAUGACAUUCUAAAGCACGAUGUUGCGGAGAGAAGCUUAACCCUUACGCUUAUGAACGCGAUCGCACAGUCUACAACAGCGUGGACACCUUUGUUGGUAUUCAAAACGGUGGAAGCGCCUCGGUUCCCCAAAGGUUAUCCAUUUACCCUUGGUAGUGCUAUUGCAUUGAUUGCUAUGAGUUGGGGGGUCAAAUAUUUCCAUGAUCGCCAAGAGUAA